AGACGCAGACGCAUCAUUUGGGCAGAGGUGGCAGCAACCGCUGAUUCCUGUCAGGCAGCGCAGCGCUCCUGUUUCUUUCCCGGAAUUUUAAUCGUUUCUUUGUAAUAUUCUUGAACGACACGACCAUGUGGAUGUACAGGCUCAUUUUCGGACUCUUUGUCGUUUCUUACUCUGAGAGUAGAAGAAAUCCACUUCAAGACUACCUGAAAUCUGAUGGCACCCAGCUGGCUGCAGUGACUCCUGAUUCCUCUCACCUGACCAAAAGCAGGAAACUCAGCUUAGCCAAAUGUGCUAAAACCUGCACCCGCAGUAAGAGACUCCCAUUCGCCUGCAGAUCAUUCCUCUAUGAUCAUAAAAACAGGAAGUGCCAGUGGCUGUCAUUUGACAGAACCUCAUCAGGCGCUGUGAGCCAUCAAAACCUCUACUAUGAACUCUAUCAAAAGAAAGACUAUGUAAGAGAAUGCAUUGUAGGAACAGGUCUGAGCUACAGAGGGUGGAGGUCAGUGACGGUGACUGGGAUCCUCUGCCAGGCCUGGGCCUCACCAAUACCUCAUGAGCACAACUUCAUGUCUAAAAGGUUCAGGAAGCAUGACCUUAGAGAGAACUACUGCCGCAAUCCAGACAACUCCACUGCGGGUCCAUGGUGCUUCACCACCGAUCCGAGGCCACACCUCAGACACCAGGACUGUGGCAUACCGCAGUGUUCACAGGUCGAGUGUGUGAACUGUAAUGGGGAAGAUUACCGAGGACCCAUGGACCAAACAGAGAGUGGAAAAGAAUGCCAGCGGUGGGAUUUGGAAGAACCUCACAAACACCUGUACCACCCCAAGAGGUACCCCAAUAAAGGCCUGGAUGAUAACUACUGUAGGAAUCCAAAUGGACGUCACCGACCCUGGUGUUUCACCACUGAUCCAAACACAGUGUGGGAGUACUGUGACAUCAAAGUCUGUGAAACCCCUCCUAAAAAUCCUGUGGUGGAAACAAGUGAAUGUUACGAGGGCAGAGGAGAGGGCUACAGGGGCACGGUGGACAUGACACCAAGUGGAAUCAUAUGCCAGAGAUGGGAUUCCCAGUUUCCCCAUAACCACACAUUUUCCCCUCAAGCUUACCCUUGCAAGGACCUGAGAGAGAACUACUGUCGAAAUCCAGAUGGACAAGAAUCCCCCUGGUGCUUCACUACAGACCCAAGAGUCCGCACCAUGUUCUGCACCAACAUCCCUCGCUGCGGCACCCAAAACAGACCUGAAAGCGACUGUUAUUGGAGCUUUGGGGAGAAUUACCAAGGAGAGAAGUCAAGAACUAGAUCAAACCUGCCCUGCGCUUCCUGGAGAGACCACAGCAACAGCGGAGACCGGGGCAUGCUGACGGCAGGCCUGGAGGGGAACUUCUGCAGAAAUCCUGACAAGGACAAACACGGUCCCUGGUGUUUUACCAAUCAUUCUGCCAUUCACUGGGACUACUGCAACGUCAAACCUUGCGAUGCUUCCCAGAAUACCAUUCCAGCAGCCGAGCCAUCCUCUGUGGGAUGUUUUGUCCAUAAAAGGACCAGGAUCGUGGGCGGAGCUCCAGUUGGCAUAUCAGGCGGGAGCUGGAUGGUCAGCAUACAGAAAGGAUCAGUUCACUGGUGUGGUGGUUCACUAAUCCGAGAGGAGUGGGUUCUCACUGACCAACAGUGCUUCUCUUCCUGUGUUCCAGACCUCAGUGAGUAUCGAGUGUGGCUCGGAAUCUCUGAUCUACAAGAAGAUGCUCUCGACAGGUUGAAAAGGCAGGAGGUCAACAUAGCUCAUAUAAUAUGUGGCCCUGAAGGGUCAAGUUUAGCUCUCCUAAGACUUGCAAAGCCAGCCUUUCCUGCUGACAAUGUUCAUACUAUUCAGCUGCCAGUGGCUGGAUGCUCCAUUCCAGAGGGAACGAUAUGUAAAAUGUACGGAUGGGGAGAAACUAAAGGCACAGGCCACGAUGAGGUACUGAAGGAGGUCAACUUGCCCAUUGUCAGCAAUGACAGGUGCAGAGAGAUGCACAGAGGGAUCUUCCAUAUCACCAACACCAAAAUCUGUGCAGGGGGGAAGAAGAAUGAGGGAGUGUGUGAGAGGGAUUACGGCGGCCCUCUUGUUUGUCAGGAUGGCGAGAUCAGAGUUAUUGUUGGCGUAAGCGUCCAUGGCAGAGGCUGUGCUCGGGCCAACCAGCCUGGCAUCUUCAUCAACGUGCCCUUCUACACACAGUGGAUUUACAAGGUCUUCAAAUACUACCCCAACCCUGAAAUUGCUUAGAGACUGAAGUCAAGUAAAUCAUUAUAAGGCGACUAAAUCAAAACCAGAGCCUGUCUUCCUUAACUUCGGUGGGCAUCUGGUUUUUAUGACUUGUUCACCUUUGGGGUCUGCAAAUGAAGAUGAAGGUCCUCACUUACACUUUGAUGUAAGACAUACAAUCAUCACAAAUACCUUCAUGAUCCUACUGUAAUUGUCACCAGUGGUGUAUAUGAAGGUGAACAUGUGUUGCUCCUCUUAAUGCACACUGGAACACCCACUAAGUGAGAAGUUUUAGAAGAUUGAUGUCCAUCUUUUUUUCUCUCUCAUUUUUCUACCAAACUCCCAGAUACGUGUGUGUGUGUGUGUGUGUGUGUGUGUGUGUGUGUGUGUGUGUGUGUGUGUGUGUGUGUGUGUGUGUGCGCGAAUACACUCCAUUCCUGAAAUGACUUGAAUAAUUUGACACCAAAUGCAGUUGUUUUAAUGGCACAUCACUGAGGUGAUCAGAACAGUAUCCAAAGACAGGACGUCAUCAAGGGCACACUUACCCAGCUCUAUGCAUCUUCAAGCGGGCUUAAAUGAACUAGUCCUUCAUGUAAAUAGUGUUUUGAGUGUAUUUGUUACACUCUAAAUGUAAUUUAGGUCUUAUAGAUCUACGACAGGUGAUUAUGAAUGCUGUAGCAGGCAAAUUAAGUGUUUUCACAAUUGAAGUUAUACGCAAAGUACCUUCGUUCCUGUACUUCUAAAACCAUCACAAUCCCACCGCCUGCAGAUAUGGAAGCUUUUGUUAGGAAUCCAUGAAUGAACAGUUGUCUAAUGCUUAUUGGAAUUUAAAAAGUAAUGUUACUAAACUGUAUCAUACAUGUGUAUAUGUCCCUCUUUUUUAUGAUUUUUUUUUAUUAUGUGUCAGUUCAUUGUAUGGUUGCACCUGUUUUUGUUUGUUUUCUGUAUCAGUGUCUAUGCCAAAAGACGCCUGCAGAGGCAGAGGAAGUGACUUGGUCUGUGCCUGUUUGAGCCAAAGGUGAAUUAAUUAUCCCUGCACUCAGACCUUGGCAGACCCCCUCAUUCUUUCCACUCUGGAUGUUAAUGUCACAAAGUCUGUGCCUUCGACUCUGAGAAUGGGACGGCCUUUAUGUCAGAGCUGUUGGUAAUGAGCUUCAGUGGAGCUCGAACAAAUUAUUAGACCGUUUGUAACAGGUGUGAGUGACUGAGAUGGAUUUGUAACAUAUACUGUGAUUGUAAGUGUGUGUGUGUGUGUGUGUGUGUGUGUGUGUGUGUGUGUGUGUGUGUGUGUGUGUGUGUGUGUGUGUGUGUGUACAUAUGCUGCAGCUGCUACAUUCUACAGGUUGUACAGUAUUGCCUAACGUUUUCUGUAAAUAAAUAGUAAUUUUAAAAUCCAUCCUAUACAAUGCGCUUCAUAAUAAACAGCUCCAACAAUAAUUUGAAAUUAUUUUGCUCUUUAUUUUUUUAGAGUCCUUUUCUCUGCAUCACAUUGAAGCAACUGAACGUUACCACAUGUGAUUUACACACGUUUUUGUUUUGCUUUUGCAUUAUUAUGCAACUGUGACUCCCUUUAUUAUUCCCAUCUCAUCCAGAGCUGCAAAACUUUUCAACAAGAGGCAGUUUUUACUCUCACAUCAGCCCCUUUUAUCUCUCUGCAACAGCUUCCUGUAAACUUUACACCUCAAUCGAAUCUCCUCAUCCUUGUCAGAACAGUGAUCAGGCUCCCAUCUUAAAUCAGUGAAGUCGUAGUUGUGUGAUUGCAUUUAAUCUGAUUUAAAGCACUUUAUAACUGAUAUUGAAUUUGUUGUAUUUAAAUAGGGAUCUGCUUAUUUAAUGACAUACUUCCUUUGAAUAGCCAACUUCUGACAAUAAAAUAUUCUAUCUGAAAAAAAAAAGUCUGCUCAGUACAAUU